ACGCGUGAGGGACCUGUCCAGCCAGCAGUGACGGGAGGAGGGAGUGAGUGUCAUACGUGCAUUCAGACCUCUUUGUGCCGCGAGCCAGGUAGAGUGCGUGGUGGUGACUGUGGGGGGCAUCACAGCAAGGCCUGGCACGAACCGCAUCACUUACUACAUCACCAGGAGGGAAGGAAACAAUCAUAAACGUAAGAUGGCAGGAUAUAGAGGUUUCGGGUCAAGAAGUCGAGAGGAUCUCUAUGCUGCUGCCGAAAGUGUCAACGAAAUGCUGGCCCAGUAAUGUUGCCCUGUGUGUGUACAAAGGAGUGACGCCCUUUCAUCCUGCAGUGAAGGGCAUGGGCGGCGGGCGCAGAGGCAGGGGCACGAGGGACAACUGUGUUCAUCCACCACAAGAGAUAAGGCUCCUCGUGUUUGGGGAGGUGGAGGGGCGAUGCCAGCACCUGACCGAGGAAGAGGAUGUAUUCUAUGACUCUCUUGAGGAUAAUUUUGUCAAUGUUCCCAUUGGAUACCAACCCAAGGUUUGUGGCUCCCAUGACGAGGACUACGUAAUGGUGCCAGCCCACGAGGACAACAGCUUCAAAACCCUGCCUCACAAAGACAAGCAUGUGACAGUCUUGCCCUGCAAGGAUAACAGCUUCAGAACCCUGCCUCAUAAGGACAACCAUUUCAAAACCCUGUCUCACGAGGACAACCAUGUGACAGCCAUGCCACUCAAGGACAAUCACUUUAGGACUCUGCCCUGUGAGGACAACCUCUCAAGACCCCUACCCUGUGAGGACAACCUGUCGACACCCCUGUCCUGUGAGGACAACCUGUCAAAAUCCCUGCUCCGUGAGGAUAACAUCUUGAGACCCCUAACCCACGAGGACAACCUGUCAAGACCCCUGCCCCAUGAGAGCAACCUAUCAAGACACCUGCCCCAUGAGGACAACCUGUCAAGACCCCUGCCUCGUGAGGAUAACCUGUCAAGACCCCUGCCCCGUGAGGACAACCUGUCAAGACCCCUGCCUUGCAAGGACAACCUCUCAAGACCCCUGACCAGCAAGGACAACCUGUCAAAACCCCUGCCCCAUGAGGACAACCUGUCAAAAUCCCUGCCCCACAAGGACAACCUCUCGAGAUCCCUGCCCUGUGAGGACAAUCUCUUGAGAUCCCUACCCCACAAGGACAACCAUGCAACAGCCUUACCCCAUGAUGCAAACUGCAUGAUGGUCCCACUCCUUAAAGACAACCAAGUGACAGCCCUGCCCCAGAAAGUUGAGCAUAGGGACAACUUGCCAUGUGAGGAUGAGCAGCAGAUGAGUCAGAAAGUCAGGAGCUUCAUAACAGAGCCAGUGAACACGAACAUUGCCAUGGAUUGGGAAGAAGACACGAGUGACCCUUUUGAGAAGGUCUUGGCCAGGAGAGAUUGCCAGACAAAUCAUUCCAGUAAUCAGGAAAAAACACCAAGUGAAAAGAUUGGUGCAUUGUUGCAGUCCUUGAAGAACCUGCAAGCAGGUAGCAAGCAGCAGGCCACAGGGACACUGCAUCAUUACGCUGAUGAAGAUAAAGAGCAGGACAGCAUAACCCAACAGCAUUAUGUUGUACAACAUGACAGUAGGCCAGAGCAACAUUAUCCUGAAGAACACCAGGACAGGACCCCACAACACUACCCUGAAGAACACCAGGACAGAAGGACCCCACAACACUACCCUGAAGAACACCAGGACAGAAGGACCCCACAACACUACCCUGAAGAACACCAGGACAGAAGGACCCCACAACACUACCCUGAAGAACACCAGGACAGAAGGACCCCACAACACUACCCUGAAGAACACCAGGACAGAAGGACCCCACAGCACUAUCCUGAAGAACAUCAGAACAGAAGGAUUCCACAACACUACCCUGAAGAACACCAGGACAGGAGGACCCCACAACACUACCCUGAAGAACACCAGGACAGAAGGACCCCACAGCACUAUCCUGAAGAACAUCAGAACAGAAGGACUCCACAACACUAUCCUGAAGAACACCAGGACAGAAGAACCCCACAACACUAUCUUGAAGAACACCAGGACAGAAGGACUCCACGACACUACCCUGAAGAACACCAGGACAGAAGGACUCCACAACACUACCCUGAAGAACACCAGGACACAAGGACUCCACAACUUUACCCUGAAGAACACCAGGACAGAAGGACUCAACAACACUACUCUGAAAAACACCAUGACCAUAUGACACCACAGCAUUAUUCUGAUGAAGAUGAAGAGCAGGACAACAGGACACAGCAUUAUAAAGAUGGAGAACAUGGCAGCAGGUCACAGCAUCCUGAUUAUUCAAAGCAGGAAAGAAGCAGUGAGCAGCUUUAUGAUAGUGAUAAUGAUGAGCAGGCCAGCAGGGCACAGCAUCAACAAGGUGAUGCACAAGACGGACCACAACACCACAAUGAUCAAGUACAUGAAAGUGAGAAGUAUAAUAGACAGCAGCAUUACCAAGAUGGGAAUGAGGAAUUGGCCACAAGAACUUUGCAGCAUGAUGAUGAACAGAGUAGGAUUCAGCAGCAUUACUGUGAUGAAGAAGAGGAAAGCAGGCCACAGCAUCAUUGUCAUAAGGAUGAGGCCAGCAGGACUCUGCAUGCUGGCCAGGAGAGGCACAACUGGGGCAGAGGUGAGGGUCGUGGGUGUGUGCGUGGUGGGCCACACUGGAUGGGACAAUGUGAAGACCACACACACACCUGGAGGCAAGAAAGGCUGGGCAAAGUACAGGAUGAACAUGGGCUUGCCUGGAGACAAAACUACUCAUGGAGGAUUGCCAAGAAUGAUCAUCAAGGAAGCCACUGGAACCAGAGGCGGCAGCAACAUAGUCACCCUACCAGUUACUAUAGAGGCAGAGAUCACAACAUGUAUAACAAGGAUGAAGGAGACACCUUGGAGCCUGAGGACCUGGUGAGCGCCCUGGCAGAGCGUCCUCAAUUCCACUGCACACUCACGAACCUCUUUGAGUAUCAGGGCUUUGCUUCAGAGUCAGUGCAGCAGGUGGCAGCAGCCCACCCACACAUCUUCCACAUGAGCAGGGAUGGAGUGCAACUUAAUCCACAGGUGAAGUUGUGUUGGGCCAACCUGUCUGCCCAGGGGUGCACCAAUGGCUGGUCCUGUCUUGACCUACAUGUGUGCAGCACCUACAUUUCCAGCUGGUGCCAAGAAUCCCCUUGUCCACCUGGCCACUCACUCUACACAGAGCACAACAAGGCUGUCCUCAGGAGAUUUAUGCUGGAACAUUUGUCUGUAACACACCUCAAGAAACUGUUGAAGCAUCUCAUCCCUAUUGCAGCAUCACCCUCAGGCUGCUUGGAGGUGUGCCGAGAUUACAACAGGGGACAGUGUAAUAAGACUGAAUGCCAGGCACUGCACCUCUGUCUCCGCUUUGUGGUGAACCGUGCCUACUGUGACCGUCAGGGAUGUAGCCUCAACCACAAUCCCCAUGACCCAGCUUGCUCCUUGCUGCUGAUUUCCAAUAAAAUAUCUGUCAAUGAAAAUAUCAAGGACAUCAUUGUAGCAUUGUUGAAUGCUAAUCCCACCCUGGUCCCUAAGGAUGCCACCAAACCCUUACCUCCACCACAGUUACACACCAGAGCUGCCCCCAAGGACACAAGCUCCAAGCCAAUAGGUAAAAUCUUUAAUCGAGUGAAACAAAGUCUGGGACUAGCUGGUGCCACUUCCAAGAAUGAGGAAUCUUCAGAGCCACACACCCAGAAAGACAAAGUGACUCUAGCCCAAAUCACCACAGACAAGAACCCUUCAGAUACAAAAACAGAGAGAAGCAAAGAAUCGGGUCAGGACAGUAGCAGUAAGGCUGCACACAAGCCAAAUAGAAAACACCCUUCUGACAGCAAGUCUUCCACAGGUGGGGCAGAGACUGGCAGGCAGACAGCAUGGACCUAUCACCGCAUGGGCAAUGUUGAUAUCGCUGAGAUUUGUCGCUUCUCUGUAGAGGGCAUAUGUCUGAAUGAAGACCAGGGAUGUAGGAGGCUGCAUGCAUCACAGCCUUUCCAUUGGCAGGUGCAUAAGAAUGCAAGGCAGGAUUCUUGGUUUAACCUGCCUGCAGCUGUUGUCACCUGCCUGGAAGUGGCAUUUUGUGACCCAACGAAGAAUGGAGUCAAGUUGCCCUCUCUUGAUCCUGCCCAACUGCGGCGCCUGCAGGAGGUGCUGGACCAGGACAUGUGGUAUGCCAACUUUGAGGCCAUGGUGCUGACCAAUUCUGAUUAUUCAAAGAUGGUGGCUCUGCGUCGCCUGUGUGUACAGGCCGAUGCUGCACCUCAGUACGCCAAGGCCCGUACCUUUAGCUGGUUCUUCUGUGAUGUUAGAGGAAGGUGGGUGAAGUAUGGUCAGGCAGAUAGCACAGGACAGGCCAACCUCAAGAGCAGCAUCACCUCAGCAGAUAUUGAAGCUCAUUACCUGGCACGUCCUGAUCAGCCCCUCUCCUUCAGGGUCUCUCAGUUCAAAUACCUUAUCAACUUUGGUGCCAUGACACAGACCAACCAGACCACUCAGGUGCAGCGGGCGGUGCGCCGCCGCCCAGAGCUCCACCCCAGCCUUCUGUCAUCCGCCUAACAGAGAGACAUCAGGCUCACCAGCAGCCUGCAGUGUAAGCCUCUGUCUGUGAUGGGGCAUUAUGCUUGUGCCUGAUCAGUAAGUGGACUUAGCUUUUCAGAUUGUACCAUGUAAGUACUGGGAUGAGAGCAGGCCACUGUAGUGGUGCAGCAUUCAGUGUAAUGAUGGAUAGUUUAAAAGGCUCACUGUUAUGCUGAUGACAACAAUUGUGAUACAGUGAACAGGAUGAUAACUCUGUUUCCUUGUGUUUUGUAUAAUUAUCAUAUAGCAGACAGCAUUUUCAUUACAAACCUGAGUUCUUACUUUAUAUAGCAUUUUCAUUUAUAGUAGGUAGUCGGAGUUUUACCUUCUUUAUCAUAGCUAGAGCAUCUGUUGUGAGAUGAAACAGUGCCCAUAAUUAUGUACUGUGAAAUGAAAUAUUACUCUUAAGAAUA